AUGGCGCUCAGGAUGUGUGAUGAGGAAGGUAGAGCAACUACUGAAUUUCCUGGAGUCGAUCUCCAAUGCGAUCCUACCAUUGGGGAAGCCAUCCUUGGUGAUACUUCCACCGAGUUGGAAGAGUUACUGGGUCCUCCUCCCAGUAGAUUCUUCGAAGCUCCAUUGCCACAUGAGGUAGAAGAAACGGAUGAUCCUCAAGCCGAAGAAAAGCUUAGGAUCCGCCUCUGGAACGACGUUAUCCGAUUGAAGAUAAUGAGGGAGCAAAAGUCUAAAAUGAUGAUGCAGCACAAUGGUGCAACCUUGUGGUAUUGCUCGCAGGAGCAAUCACGGAGGAAGAAGCUGGCACGGAGCCAGGAGAGGAUACUGAAUGAGAUGCUGGAGCUGACGCAAGAAGGCCUAGCUCUCGGCUUCGUCUAUGGGAUCGUGACCUACAAAGGAAAGCCAGCCAGUGGGGCGUCCAACAACCUGCGUGCAUGGUGGAAGGACACAGUUCGGUUCGAUCGGCAGGGCCCAGCAGCGAUCAGAAAAUAUCAGAUGGAGAGUCCAGUGGUCUUUGCUGGAAGUGAGAUGAGCUCCAAAUUCUCCGUUCCUAACGCGCUGCAGGAGUUGCAGGACACGACGGCUGGCUCCCUCUUGUCCGCCUUGAUGCCCUACUGCGAUCCUCCUCAGCGGAGGUUCCCGAUGGACAAGGGUGUUCCACCACCAUGGUGGCCUACGAUGACGGAGGAGUGGUGGCAGCAGAUCGGGAUCCCCAAAGAUCCUCGGCCUCCACCAUAUAAGAAGCCACACGACCUGAAGAAGGCGUGGAAGGUGAGCGUUCUGAUCUCCGUCAUCAAGCACUUGAUGCCCGACAUCGCAAAGAUCCAACGGCUGGUCGAGAAGUCCAAAGGCCUCCAAGAUAAGAUCACGGCGAAGGAGAUUGACAUUCUGGACGCUGUCCUAAGGCAUGAAUUGAAGACGUAUCUUGAGCCGCAAUGCGGUACUCCUCCUCGACCUCCUCCACCCUUGGAAGGAGAAAGCCACUGCAUGGAAGAAGUUACGAAGGGUGAGUUCUCCCCUUCUAGUGCACCUAUUCAUGUUGUCGAGAACCCAUCUGCCUCAGAGACCGUGAAAGAGCGACCUACGGACGGGCCACAGUACUCAGCCAUGGAUGUGGACACGUUUACAGGCAUGAACUUCCCCUGCAACUGGUACAGAUGUGCUGUACUUCCUGAUCAAACUACGGGAAACCUUUAUCGAGAUGGCAACGAUGGGAACCUACAUCACAGUCAAGCUCCAGGUUGCCACAUCGAUUCAAAUCCGACUAGUUCCAUCUACGAUGUGGCCUAUAACGCUGAUCUUUGGAGUACUAUAAACCAAGGAAAUCCAAAUGCAGGCCUCGAUCUCUUUGAGAAAAGUCUUGACGUUGACCAGUCUCUCCCACCGACUUUGAUUGGUGCGGAAAUGAAUGUUGAUGAGUCGAUGCUCGAGCUGAAUCCGAUGGAGACGACGAACAUCCUCGGAGAACUCGACAGCUUGAUCCAUCCUGAGAUGUUUCCCUCUGAUGGGACACUGUCCUUUGAACUUGAUUUGGAAGAUCAUGAUGCUUCUGUUUUCUCAGUCAUCAUGGACCAAACGGCUGCGGUGCCGAGUCAAAUUCCAGAUGUAUUACAUGAUCUAGUAGAAUAUGACUGGUCCCAGAAUUUCUGGAUGUGA